CUGUGAUGGCGGCCAUGUAAAAGAUGAUAGAAGACGGUCUGAGUUCUCAGCAUAGUGGGCAGUUGGGCCCGAUUUCAAGCGGCAUCGGGAUGGUUACCAAACAGCAACAGGAUGAUCAGGGCCAGAGGCCACAGUAUUCGAUGCCCGGGAUUUUACACUUUUUGCAAACAGAAUGGGCACGGUUUGAGAUGGAAAGAUCCCAGUGGGAAGUGGAAAGGGCCGAGUUACAGGCGAGAAUAGCUUUUUUACAAGGAGAAAGGAAGGGUCAGGAGAACCUGAAACAGGAUCUAGUGCGGAGGAUCAAAAUGUUAGAGUUUGCUUUAAAGCAAGAAAGAGCUAAAUACCACAAAUUGAAGUAUGGUACAGAUGUGAACCAGGGAGAUAUGAAACCUCCAGUAUUAGACAAAACAAAUGAAGAUGAUCCAAUAGAUGGUAAUGCCCUAACCACUCCAAACAGCAAUGUUACACUGCGCCAAGGGAGACAACUACUGAGACAAUAUUUACAAGAAAUCGGUUACACAGACACCAUCAUAGAUGUGCGCUCCACGCGAGUAAGGUCCCUGUUGGGAAUUCAGCAGAGAAAUGCUGAAAAUGAGGCUGAAAGUGCACAGCCUGCCCUGGUCAAUGGUGAACAGAACUCCAAGGGAAGAAUCCUUGACAACCAGGGAAAAAGAAAUGCCAAGAGAAGCCCAACAUCUUUGGUGGAAGGAGUUCUUAUGGACAGUGAAGAAUCUGUCAUGGCUACCUUCGAUUUUUUGGCCGCAGAAACUGGUCUGGAUGAAGAAGAUGAUGAUGAGAAUGAAGAUGAAGUGUCAGCUGAUGAUGAGUCAGAAGAGAGAUUAGAAAGGUGUAAUGUCAAGGGAAAGACUGUUGGUAAUGAGAGUAUGGCUGGGAUAGAGGAUGCGAUGUCCGACCCCGAGGCAGAAGAGGCUUUGGCUGAGUUUGACUUCCUGGUGUCAGGCAAUGAGGAGGGUGCAGGUGAGGCUCGCAGUCAUGGCGAAGGCACGGAGUGGGAGAAGAAAGACCUGUCCCCCAAUGAAGAGUGGGGUGUAGAUCAGCAACUGAUAUCAAAGUUAAAGGAAGAAUACAAAAAGGAAAGGAAGACCAAGAAGAGCCUAGUACCCAGGCCCAAGCGGUCCACCUUGCAGGCCAUGCUUGCUAACCUGGGUAGUGAGGAAGAAAUGUCAUCUGUACAGUCUGGAACAGCCAGCCCACCUCGGACAAACUCUAACAUCACUGAUGUAGAUGACCAGGGUGUACAGGGAAAUAGCGGAGGGGCAUUCCCAGCGGCCAAUCGUAAGGCUGUGCCAGGUAUCCCUGGCCCUGAGGACGAGUCUCUGGAACAUGUGUUAGGCCUGGGCGAACUGGCAGGUCUCACUGUAAAUAAUGAAGCGGAUCCCUUAAACUAUGAUAUAGCCGCAUCAAAAGAACCAUUUAGGAAAACUUGGAAUGCUAAGUAUACUUUAAGAAGUCAUUUCGACGGUGUUCGUGCCCUGGCAUUCCACCCGGUAGAACCCGUGCUGCUAACUGCAUCAGAAGACCAUACUCUCAAACUGUGGAACCUACAGAAAACAUUACCAGCCAAGAAAGCCACAUCAUUGGAUGUAGAACCAGUUUAUACAUUUCGUGGGCAUAUUGGCCCAGUGCUGAGUCUGACGGUCAGUGCUAGUGGGGAACAGUGCUUUAGUGGAGGAAUGGACGCCACCAUCAAGUGCUGGAACAUUCCCAGUUCCAACAUCGACCCAUAUGAUUCAUAUGAUCCCAGUGUUUUACAAGAAACCUAUGACGCGCACACAGAUGCUGUGUGGGGUCUCUCUAUACAUAGUACGAAGAUGCAAUUACUGUCAUGUUCUGGGGAUGGGACAGUCCGACUGUGGAGCCCAGGCAGCACUUCCCCACUGCUUAACACAUUCACCGUAGAUAAGGGCAAUGGAGUGCCCACUUGUGUGGACUUCGUGCGUUGUGACCCCAGUCAGAUGGUCGUCUCCUAUACCUCAUCUAAUACCUACAUUUUUGACCUGGAGACUGGUAAACAGGUCACCCUGUUAGAAACACAACAGAAUUCAGACACCACAGGAAGUAAUCAAAUCAAUGCAGUGGUGAGUCACCCAACGUUCCCUGUCACUAUCACUGCCCAUGAGGACAGGCACAUUAGGUUCUUCGAUAACACCACAGGUCAGAUGAUUCACUCAAUGGUAGCUCACCUGAAUGCUGUAACCAGUCUAGCUGUGGAUCCUAAUGGUCUCUACCUGUUAUCAGGAAGUCAUGACUCUUCAAUCAGGUUAUGGAAUCUUGACAGUAAAACCUGUGUGCAGGAGAUUACAUCACACCGAAAGAAGUUCGACGAGUCAAUACACGCCGUGGCUUUCCACCCGUCUAAACCUUACAUAGCCAGUGCUGGCGCUGACGCUCUAGCCAAAGUGUUUGUAUGAUAGCGACUGCCCGUUAUAGAACUACAGUUUAAGCUUAUAGUGGACAAAGUAGCCAUCCUUUAACCUGGAUGUGAAGUGAUGCAUCCCAGCAUGAGGAUAGGCCCACUACCCUUCAGCUGAUAACGAAGUCUGCAGUGGGGACAGCUGUUCUUUGACAUCUGACAGAGGAAUUAAAUGGUCUUGGCCAUCUGACAUGGGAGUUAUCUGAUCUUUGCCAUCUGACAGGGGAGACAACUGGUCUUCAUAUGCCAGGGGAGAUAACUGAGCAUCCUGAACCCCUUCAGUCUGCGUGGGGUCAUGGCUGUUCACUUGUUGUAUGUAGAGAACAGGGCCCUAUUUCUCACCAGAACUCUUACACAUGUGGUAUAUAGGCUCCUAGGCUGAUGUUGUCUUGUAAACACUGUUGAUGUAUCGGGUUAAUCUAUCAUAUAUGUAUAUAUACACACAC